UUUCUCAUCUUCAGCCAUCAGAAAUACAGAGCCAUUCUGAAGAAAGAAAAGCGGAAAAAAAAGCGGCAGGCACUUGCCAAACUGAGAGACUCGGAAGCUACAGAAAAAGAUGAAUCAGUGUCUGAGGAGGAAGACGAGGAGCUCGAAGAAGAAGAAGAUGAGGAAGGAAAAAAACUUGAGGCAGAAAGACAAAAACUACACGAACAGUGGUUGCUGAGGGAAGAAAAGGCUCAAGAAGAGUUCAAGCUUAAGAAAGAAAAAGAAGAGGCUGCAAGAAAACGUCAAGAGGAAGAAGAGAGAAAGAUCAAAGAAGAAUGGGAAGAGCAGCAAAGAAAAGAGAGAGAAGUGGCACAGCAGAAGCAACAGGAGAAGAGAGAAAGAGAGGCGGCUGUGCAGAAGAUGCUGGAUCAAGCUGAAAGCCAGCUGGAGAACGGUGUGACCUGGCAUAACCCAGAGCCCCCGGAGAACAUAGGAACAGAGAAGGAUAGAGCAAAUUGUCCAUUCUAUAUCAAAACAGGUUCCUGCCGAUUUGGAGACAGGUGUUCCCGCAAGCAUAACUAUCCAACAUCCAGUAAGACUCUGCUUGUCCGAGGGAUGUUCAUUACUUUUGGCAUGGAGCAGUGUCGAAGGGAUGACUACGACACUGAUGCAAGUCUUGAGUACAGUGACGAGGAGACCUACCAGCAGUUCCUAGAGUUCUACGAGGACGUGCUCCCUGAGUUUCAGAAUGUGGGGAAGGUUGUUCAAUUCAAGGUCAGCUGCAACUAUGAGCCUCACCUACGAGGAAAUGUGUACGUCCAGUAUCAGACGGAAAAGGACUGUCAGGCAGCUCUUGCUCUAUUCAGUGGCCGAUGGUACGCAGGCCGGCAGCUUCAUUGUGAAUUUUGUCCUGUGACAAGAUGGAAGACUGCUAUUUGUGGCUUAUUUGAAAGGCAGAAGUGUCCAAGAGGGAAACACUGCAACUUUCUUCACGUAUUUAAAAAUCCAAACAAUGAGUUCUGGGAGGCCAAUAGAGACAUACGCGUUUCUCCAGAACGGACUAAUCAGUUGUCUAAAAACUCUGAAAGGAGAAACAGAUCGAGCCAUCGUGAUGACUAUUACGGCCGGUCAAGGAGAAGGGGCAGCCCAAGUCCAGAUCAUUCGUACCGGAGAAAUGGGGAAUCUGAAAGAAAAAAGAAUCGCCGCAAAAACAAGAGAAGGCGCCGAUCUGGCAGGUCGAGAAGUCGAGAAAGGAGGAGGUCACGCAGCAGAGGGAGGAAGAGGAGAGGACGCAGUCGCAGCAGGAGUUACAGUCGAACACGUAGUCGGAGCAGAAGUCGGAGUUCCUCUCGAUCCAGGAGCAGGGGCAAAAAGAGGUCAAGCAGCAGAGGAAGAAACAGUGAAACUCCCAAAACGAAGUGAGAAAUAAUUUCAGAAAUUGCUAAUUGAUCAAAUGUAGAGCUGACAAAGAAACCUUUCCGAUAGGGCACCAGAUACGUUUGAGUCACAAAUAAAGUGUUCUUGCACAUUAAAACGUUUCUUCCUAAUAAAGGACCCUAGUUUACUGUGUGCUAAGCUUCAGAAAAUUAAGUCCUGUAUAAGGUGUAAAUGUCAAGUACUCUAGCUACUCUGUCCCUCUGAACUACUGCAACAUUUGGAUGCAUACUGAGUACAAAAUAGAAAGAAGUAAAGCUUUUUUGGUAUAUGCUUAUGCCUGUGUUAUGUGUGUGUUAAGUGUUUACUGUCCCUGUAAGGAGUUAGUACAGAACAGCUAGUGUGCUGUAAAUUCGCACAACAGCAUACUGCGAAUUGAAGUCUGUGUAAAAGAGAGCCAUUUAUGUUUACUGAACGUUUAUCGGAAUUUCCUUUCUAGACUAAGUAAUACAAUCAUCUUAUGCUUGGAGAAAAGGGAUCUAAAAAGACUUCACAGUUUGAUUGUACAAUAGUUGCCCAGUAGGAGCUUUGUGGUCAUAAGUGUUGGAUUUUUCUCUCCUGUGACUGAGCUGCUGAGCUAAUUGCCUGUAGGGAUUGCAGUAGACUAAAACCAAGUAGGAAUUACACAAAAAAAAUAAACAAUCAACUUAUUCAGUAUCCUAAUCCCCAAGUAAGAGGGGAGACCAUGCACUUGUAAUCCUGGAGCGAAGACAGAGAAUAGUUUGCAUACCUCUUAGUUGCAUGUCAUUUGUAGUUGAAAACCUCCUGCCUAACCUGUGGUGGAGUGGUAGGAAAGGUGUAAAUCUGGUCACUAAACACGCAGAUGUAGUUGUAAAGGCUCAAGAUGACUGUAGAGAUGUUGCAGAGUGGCUAAAGAAACUGAAAAGGUUUAUACCUGAAAUAAUACUUCAGGGUUUGUUGGUUUUUUGUUUUGUUUUUGUUUUUUUUUGUUUGUUUUUUGGUUUUUUUUUGUUUGUUUGUUUUGUUUUUUUCCCUCUGAGAUGAGGACUUGAUCUGAAGCCCUUUUUAGGCUUGUUUUACAAGCAGUUUAAGGCACCCUAAUGCCUAGCUCCCCUACAGCCACGGCAGAGAGUAGGGUACAUAAAAAUGAAGUUAUCAGGAUGAAGCUUUCUUGAAAUGACAGCUGUGUUAGCAAAGUACUUGCAAUUAGCAAAGUCCUUCUAAAUACUUCUCUUUUAAAUGAAAGAUUUGUGCUGUUAAACGGACUAUACUUCACCUGGCUUAACUUUAGGUAUUUAACUUAGGCUCUUAUGGCACUGUGUGUACACAGAGAGAGCAGUUCAUGGUACAUAAGAUGCAGGUGCCCUGAUCUGUGUGCAGAAAUAUCUCUCUCUCUUCAGCCUCUCCAGAGAGUUUGGGACUCCUGCCUUCAGGGGGCAGCUCUAAAUUGAUAGAAGCCUAAAGCAGACAUGAAAUGCUCCCAAAUAGAUAUCUGUUAUCAUUCAACAAUGCAGCAUAAAGUCCCAUCAAAAAUCUGGACAUCCAAACUCACUAUAGCAUUCCUCACAGCUAUUUUUUCUUUUUUUUCCCAGGAUAGUUAAGAGUGGAUGAACAUUGCUUCUGGGUAUUAUAUAUAUAUAUUAUAUAUAUAUAUAUAUAUGUUAAAAAUUAUUUUUUUCUUUUCUAGACGCAUGUUGCACCUAGCAUGCUGAUGAUACUUUCUUCUUCUUUCAUGUAUAACUGUUGUCCACUAUGGAGUAAUUCAACAGAAGUGCUAUAUAUUGUUGUUCAGUUCAAACCCAACUUUCACUAUAUGUUGUCAUAACUGUAGACAGAACGGUAGCUUAGUUAAUUUGAUUAGAUGUUUUAGUUAUUAACAGAUGUAGGAAUUGUAAUUUAAUGGCAUAACGUUUGAAGUAAUGAUAACGUCACCUGAAAGGCAUAUUUCAAUGGACAACACUAAGUUUUAAAUUAUAUUGGAGAAAUUUGAGACAACGGGUUUCUCAUAAACGUAUCUUUUCUGACUAUACUGUACAGAUUUUCCCCAGGGUUUCUAUUUUUUCAUGGAUGCUCACUUGUCUAGUUGGGAUACUUAUGCAGAAUGUGGCAAACUCACGCAGCUGAGCUGGCAUUGCCUGCUUGCUGAGAUGCAUUGCUAACAGGCCAGUAAGAUCCUCACAUCACUGGUGCUGCCUUGCUUCCCGCAACUGCAGUUCUGCUGAAACCAGCCUGUUGGUUGAGGCUCUUGAAUAGAAAAGAUUUACUCUAUCUGUGGUGUGUUGUAUAGCCCGUGCCACGCGGCAGGCUGUUGCUGAGGGUUAUCUGAGGGAAAUAAAUUACCAAGCUCAAGCAGAAGUGAGGCAGGUGUGGUGGGAUGCUGAUUUUGUGAAAUCUGUGACAAGCCGGGUGAAAUAAGUGAAGCGGACCUCUGUAGGAUUAGAAACCGUGCACCAGCUAAGACUCACGUGAGAAUUCCACAGGUAAUAAGGCUCCUUCUCCCCACGCUUUUGUAAUGGGAUCUGGGAAGCUGAGGAGCUGUAUUUAAAAAUAAAAAGUUCUUAUAGUAAUAAUAAAAACUUGCUCAGAGAUGCAUGUAAAAUUUAAAUGUACUUUAUUUCUGCUACUCUAAUGGCCAAACCUUCUUUUGGUUUUCUCCUUCAAAGCUGCUUUUCUUGAGAUCUGGAUCCAAACUCCCUGGCUGUACCUGCGCGCUGUAGGUUUGGUAGCUGUAACUUUUCAGAUUCAUACUGUCUGCUUAUUGCACCAAAAAAAGUGCUGUAGAGCUGACGUUUUGUUUGCUUUUGUUAGCAUGAAACCUGGAAUUCAACCAGUUUUCAAAUGUAAAAGUUGAUAUAUUUCAGUGUUGUUUCCCUACUUCAUAAUCUUAAGUAGUAUCGUACGCGUGGUUUUGUUUCCUUCUUAGCUAAGUGAGCUAUUUACUCUGAAGAGAAAAGGCAACUAAAAUUCCUAAAUGUUAAGCUUCUUUCUCCAAAGGAGAAAAGCCCAGAACAACUUAAGAUGGAUUUAGAUUUGCAAGGAAUAGCUUGUUCUCACUUUGUGCUAUUCUGUCUAAUCCACAUAGAAGGACUACAUAAAAAGUGAAUUAAUAGUGGUCCAGCUUUGUGUGCUUUUAUUUUUGAAUGACUGCUUAAAGCAGUUGCUUUCAAACUUUAUUAUGAAGUUUGUAAAUAUCACUAAAGUGCAUUGGAUUGAUUAUGAAAGCAUUAUUUAUACAAGGACUGCAUGAAGGGGGUUAGAGCAGCAGCGGGGCCCUCCUGCCAGGUCCAGCCAGCUGUGGAGGUCAGGAUAGGUAACAGGCGCUGCUCUGACCAUUCUCCUGUGGAGAGGAGUAAGGUAUCUGAGCAGGAACUUGAAUCUUGAAGUUCAGCUACUUCAUAAAAAUCGUGUAAAGCAGGUGCUUACCCAAAAUGUUUCAAGACAGUAAGACAGCUGGUGUCCUGCAACAGGAGAGAAUGCUGCUAAGAGAGGGCAGGAGCUACCUUAAGCACCAGCAGUACGAAUACUUAGUGGCACAAAGGCACCUGGGAAGGCAGCAUGCCUUUAGGUUUGUGCUGGUGACUGCUUUGAAGUCUUUCCCCUUCCCAGCAUGGUUGCCAUGCUUGCUGAGUAGCCAUUAUCACAUGGGUGCCAGGAGGACUUGCCCACACUCGUAUGCUAGAUGCAAGGCAUCCACUUUCAUGAAGAGGCAACAAGCACAGAUGAAGGUCUUUCCCUUGCUGAUGGAAACAGAAGGUCUGAAAUGUAUUCUAAGUAACUUCUUCGGCAUUACAUCCUUCAGCAGGAAGUCUUUCUCAGAUUCAGCUGCGCAUUACCACACUGAGUGUAUUUAUAUACCUGUACCAGUAGCAGCAUUCUUGGGAUGCACAAAGUAAUGGCUUUUGGAAGAAAUGCAAGAGCCUGCUCAGAGAUGCUCUUACUUCCUGCCCUGAAUCAGCACCUUUUACAAAAUGUGCAAGUCUAUGCUAGUCAAAAAAUUAAAUGAAAUAGGAAAGUAAAUUACACUUAUAAAGAGUGCCACUGAUUUUGCUUUCACUGUAAGCUUGCUGUAAUUAAAAUAACUCCCUAUUAUUCCAUCCAUCCUUUUAUUCAGCUCUGAUGCAUCAGCUGAGUGCAGCAUCUGUCACUGAUACGUAAAUAAAUAAAUAAAAGGUAACUGACAAAUUACAGUUCAGAAAACUACGAGACUGAUUGGAAGGCAAGCUGCACAGGCACAGCCCAUGAACAUACUAAGUUGACAAAGGCAGCCACUGCAUGACCAUCAUUACGGUGUUGACUCAAAGGGAACAGCAGACAGUUAGGGAAGGUCUCUUCAACAAAGAUUCCACGAUUACACUGAAGACACUCAAGCCAACAAUCCUUUACCUAAGCAAUCUAGAAAUUCUAACAGAUGCUUUUCGCUUCUCUUUUUCUUUGUCUCCUGGUAAGACAGGAAAUUCAAGAAACAAAAUUUUACUUUCACAUUUGAUGAAGGAAUGCCCUAAGGUACUAAGCUUUCCCCAUGCUUUUGCUGGUAACAUCAAGGAGUUCACUUCUUCUAGAAAGCUGGAAAGCAGAUUAGCUAAGAGAAAUUUGGGGCUGAAAUGAGGAUUGUAAGAUUGUGAACGCUGCACGACCAUGUUCAUAAUUCCAUUUCAGGAGCUGACUAGCAAGACUGUAUCAUCAUCAUCUAGAACCCCCUCUCAAUCAAUAUGUGGUUUAAUUUCAAAUGAAAUGGGACUACAGCAUCACUUUACCAUCCUUUCUAAUAAAUUCCAUGUUUAAUGUGAUAAGCCUUCCAAAGAACUCGCUAAUUUAUUGCUUUCUGUAGAAUUUAAAUGGAUGUAAAUAACUAAUCUUGGACACAGUAUUCUCGCACAUUUUUUAAUAAAGUGCUCAAGAGCAAGUUAAGCACUGUAAUAAAAUUCCCCUUUUUUUUUAAAACUAGCAA